AUAUAAGCGAAAAGAAAUAUCGAAAACAGAUCGAGAGACAGGAGAUAAAUAAAAGCCUAAAAGUGAGACCCCAGGGAAAGAUUUCGCCGGAGAGGUGAAGACUCGGACACGCCCGCAACCUCGUGCUACGCUUUUUCGCUCAAACCGUUUCCGGCCACCGGAUCUCCCUGCUGUAACUAUGACUACAUCAAGGCGUCUUGCUGAUAGGAAAGUCAAUAGAUUUGACAAGAACAUUUCUAGGAGAGGAGCUGUGCCCGAAACAACCACGAAAAAGGGAAAGGACUAUCCCGUUGGUCCUCUUCUCCUUGGAUUCUUCAUCUUUGUUGUCAUUGGAUCAUCUCUAUUCCAGAUAAUCAGGACAGCUACAGACGGAGGCAUGGCCUAAAUUGUUUUGGGAUGGCAGCCGCAUGUGGUUGUUUUCAUCACAUUUCUUAUUAGCAUGCAUGUAGGAGAGGCAAAAACUCUUUUACUAGAUCUAUUGUUAACCUUGUACUCAAGAACUCGAAUGUUUGAUGUGUAACUGCUGCCUUUCCCGUGCUGCUUAAUUAAAUUGUUCGUUUUAGUUUUGCA